CCCCCCGGGCCCGGGCAGUGCUGGCAGCAGGAGAGGAGGGCAGGGCUGAAAGUAGAGGCGUUCUCUUCAGACCAGAGCGACUCCAUGGACCGGACCAUCGAGCAGGUGAUCCAGGUGUGUUGUCACGGCUCCUCAGACAGCUUCCACUUCAGCCUGCCGGUCUCCAUGGAGACGCAGAGUGAGGGAUGGGACUUACCUGUACCGCGAGGCCUGGAGGACACACCUGUGCAGGUGAGCCGGGAAGACCUGUGCCGGCUGACGGAGGCUCACCUGCAGCAGCACCUGUACUCCGCCAGGUUGGACUCCGCCCUCCAGGGGGGUGGGGCUUGGCGGGACGAUGGCUUCCUGUCUCUGCCCAUAGAGGAAGUGCUGCCGGUGCCUCAACAUAUCCCAGAAUCCUUCAGGGGAAAGAGCUGGAACCAGAUUCACCUGGAGGACGAGGAGCAGGUGGAGAGGCUGGUGAGACAGUUCAGGGGCGGAGCCUUCCUCUGCUACUUCGACUCCGAGUCACUGGCCAGGUACGGGAGGAGGUGGAGUCAGAUCCAGAAAGGUGGAGGUGAGAACCUGGAGGCGGAGUCUGACCCCGGCUUCCAGCUCCUAUUGGACGGUGAUGAGUAGGUGUGCGUCAGGAGGAGGCGUGGUUUCAGAGUGGCGUCCAGGUGAGACAGAGGGGGGGUCCUCCUCACCUGUCUGUGUUCCUGCAGGUGGUGAAGGUGAGUCGCAGCACUCAGACCGUCCGGUUGGUCGUCCCAGCUGUCCGUCAGUCAGAGGCCCCGCCCUCCGGAGUCCCAGCAGCCAAUCAGGAAGCCGAGAGGACUCCUGCGUCGUGGCGCUGCCUCCCUGCAGAGUAUUACGACAUCCUGACUCCUCUGCAGCCGCGCAGCUCCCUGAUCUACCUGCUGAGCCCCGCCCCCCCCCCAUUCACCUGCAUCAGGCCCCGCCCCCCUAUACACAGGCUCUGCCCCCCGGCGCUGCAGGAAGAGGCGCCCGCAGGCCUGUCAGGGGUCCAAAGUCAAAUACAAACCACUUCCUGUCCGCUUCUACAACCCCACCAGCAACCGCAUCCUGAAGCACCCGCCCCCCUCCCGAGGCCCCACCCCUUCAUGCCCCCCCCCCCUCCCUGUGUCCGUCAGCUGUUCCGCAGUCUGAGUCCGGACCUGAACACUGAGGGGGAGGGGCCUUCCAGGAUCAAAGCCCCGCCCCCUCAGGAAAACCUCUCAGGCGGCCCCUCCCUCCCGCAGGGGGAGCGGCCGCCGGGGUAACUGCCCUUCAAAAUAAAAUGUAAUAUCUGUAUUCUCUCUGAGAGAUCAUAUAAUUAAUAAUGAAUGUAUUAUUCAGGGGGGUCUUUAAUAUGUUUAUAAAGGUUUACAGGAACUCUGGACAUUUAAAAAGGUCAUUCAAUUGGAUUUCAUUAUUAUUUAAACAAAUACAUGAAGUGCACCCGUCAUCCUGUCGGCAGCUGUAACACAUGUUCCCGUGUGUAAAGUUUAUCAGUGCUUAUGUUCAGUUCUCACAGCGUCCACCAGGCGGAGGAUGGAGUCGCCCACCUGCUCCGCUGACAACUGAAGCCCCGCCCACUUCCUCUCACCUGCACACAGGAAGUCAGAAACAAAUAUCUAACAAAAUAAAGCUCCAUGUUCACACAAAUAUAAUAACCUGAUCAAAUAUAAAGUUACUGGUUAGAGGCUCA